UAAUGCCACAAACCCCACUCUCCCGUCCUGAUCUAUCCAUCCCCCUUCGACCUUAGGACUCAACCCACUUGGUUUCCUAGUGAGAGAAAGAAAAAUAGAGAGAGAAGCUAGAAGAUGGGGAGCGUCGCUCAUGUUUGUGCCAAGGCGGUGAACGGGAACGAGACGGGAGGCAAAGUCAUUAGUUGCAGAGCUGCUGUUUUAUGGGGUCCAAAACAGCCACUCUAUAUAGAAGAAGUGCAGGUCGACCCGCCUCAGAAGAUGGAGGUUCGGUUAAGGAUCCUUUACUCCUCUGUUUGCCACACUGAUCUUGGCUUCUGGUUGGGAGAGAACGAAAGCCAGCAGGCAUUCCCUCGAAUAUUGGGUCACGAAGCAGCAGGGGUGGUGGAGAGCGUGGGAGAGGGGGUGACGGGCUUGAGUGAGGGGGACCACGUUGUGCCCAUUUUUAACGGAGAAUGCGGAGCAUGCUCAUACUGUGAGUCUCGAAAGACGAACCAGUGCGAGAGGCUGAGGUGCAAACCUCUGAAGACCGUCAUGGAUAGUGAUGGCAAAACCAGGUUUUCUUUAAAUGGAAAACCCAUUUACCACUUUCUGAAUACCUCCACAUUCAGUGAAUACACGGUUUUGGACGCUGGUUGUGUAGUUAAGAUCGACCCCACUGCCCCACUUGACAAAAUGUGCUUGCUCAGCUGCGGCGUCUCCACCGGGGUUGGAGCUGUGUGGAACACAGCAAACGUCGAGACCGGAGCAACUGUUGCUGUGUUCGGAUUGGGUGCCGUCGGCAUAGCUGCUGCAGAGGGAGCAAGAACUCGAAAGGCAUCAAGAAUAAUUGGAGUGGAUAUAAACCCCGAUAAAUUUAUUAAGGGCAAAACAAAGGGUAUUACUGAUUUCGUGAACCCGAAUGAAUGCGACAAACCUGUGCAUGAGGUAAUAAGGGAGAUGACAGGUGGUGGGGUGGACUAUAGCUUCGAGUGUGCAGGGAACUUGGACGUGCUCAGGGAGGCUUUUUUGUCUACGCAUAAUGGAGGCGGAUUGACUGUUAUACUUGGAGUUCACCCUACGCCAAGGAUGUUGCCCGUACACCCUAUGGAAUUAAUGGGUGGAAGAAGCAUGGUGGCCUCUGCAUUUGGAGGCUUCAAGAAAACCCAGCUGCCUGAUUUUGCUGUAAAAUGCAUGAAUGGGGAGGUAAAUUUGGAAGGGUUCAUCACGCAUGAGAUGCCAUUCUCAAAGAUCAACGAGGCAUUUAAGCUUUUGGCAGAAGGAAAAUGUUUGAGAUGCUUGUUGCACCUUUGAUGAAAUUGCUUGGCAAUCAGCAAAAUCCUAAUCGUUCAAUGCUUUCAGGUCUUUUGUACCAUUCUUUGAAGGAUGCAUGUCCUAUGCUAUAUAGUUAAAAUAAUGGAAUAAAAAUCUAAUGAUUAUUAUUAUAGUAUUUGUUUUUUGGCUUUCACUGUAAUCAUGUUAUAUUGUAAUACAUAAUGUUGUGAAAAGGUUGAAUGCUCAUUCAGGAGUG